AUGUUACAAAGUAUGUUACAAAGUAUGUUACAAAGUAUGUUACAAAGUAUGUUACAGAGUAUCUUACAAAGUAUGUUACAAAGUAUGUUACAAAGUAUGUUACAAAGUAUGUUACAGAGUAUCUUACAAAGUAUGUUACAAAGUAUGUUACAAAGUAUGUUACAAAGUAUGUUACAGAGUAUCUUACAAAGUAUGUUACAAAGUAUGUUACAAAGUAUGUUACAAAAUGAGAUAUUAAUGGAUGUUAAACUGUCAACCAAUGUAGCACCUGUCUAUGGAGGUAACUUGUGUGUGAAUUUUGACGAUCAAACCAAGUUUCCACUAGACGCUGAGAUAUAUUUAGUUUUUCAAGGUUCUCGACAGCGUCAUGUGACCUCCGCAACCCUGCUUAACGAGACAACGCUACAGUGUCAAGCACCAGUCGGCGGUAUUAAGACAUUCCUGGUCAGAUCUAAGUAG